CCGGGCCGGGCCGGGCCGGGCCGGGCGGGCCGGGCCGAGCCGAGCCGAGCGCGGAGGCGGCGGCGGGCGCGGGCGGCCCCGCGCGCUUUGUUCCCGCCGGGACGGACGGAGCCGCCGCCGGAGCCACUGCGGCCCGCCCGGACGAAGCCGCAGCCAUGCCAGACUCACCGGCCGAGCUGAGGACACAGCCCCGGGCCACGCCCUCUUUGACCCAAGGGGCGGUGAGACAGGCCCCCUCCACGCCUCGGCCCAAUCCCGACGACGGGCCCGCCUUGCCACUGCCCCCCGGCCGUUUGCACGGCUGCCUGAAGUGGUCCAUGGUCUGCCUCUUGAUGAAUGGUGGCCACUCGCCCCCGGCCCUGAGCGGUGCCCCAGCCAUGCCCAAUGGGGUCAGCGGCGGGCCGGCCGCCCCGGCGGCAGCCAUGCUGUGCUCGCAGCACCUGCCCCCCGCCUGCGGCGCCCGGCAGCUGGGCAAGCUCAAGCGGUUCCUCGCCACGCUGCAGCAGUUCGGCCGCGACAUCUCCCCCGAGAUCGGGGCGCGCGUGCGGUCCCUGGUGCUGGGCCUCGUGAACUCCACGCUGACCAUUGAGGACUUCCACUCCAGGCUGCAGGAGGCCACCAACUUCCCCCUGCGGCCCUUUGUCAUCCCCUUCCUGAAGGCCAGCCUCCCCGUGCUGCAGCAUGAGCUGGCCCACUGCGCCCGCCUGGCCAAGCAGACGCCCGCCCAGUACCUGGCCCAGCACGAGCACCUGCUGCUGGACGCCGACGCGGCCUCCUCGCCGUCCGACUCCGACCUCCUGCUGGAUGCCCACGAGAACGGCAAGCGCAGGACUCCAGACAGGACCAAAGAGAACGGCUCUGACCGAGAGGCACCAGCCCCCGACCCCCUCAGCAAACGGCCCUGCACGCUGAGCCCCGCACAGCGCUGUAGCCCCAGCGACGGGCCACACCCCACGCCCCCUCCCCACUACUGCCUGGAGGACAUGGCCAUGGCCCACCACUUACGCGACCCCUACCACCACCCGGACCCCAGAGAGCUGCGUGAGCACUAUCGGCAUGUGGGGGUGCACGGGGCGCAGCCAGAGGAGGUGAUUGACCACAGGCUCACGGAGCGAGAGUGGGCCGAGGAAUGGAAGCACCUCAACAACCUCCUGAACUGCAUCAUGGACAUGGCCGAGAAGACAAGGCGCUCCCUGACCGUGCUGCGCCGCUGCCAGGAAGCCGACCGCGAGGAGCUCAACCGCUGGGUUCGGCGCUACAACGCCUCCGAGGACCCCAAGAAGGGCCCCCCGCCCCCCACCCGGCCCCUUGGCAGCUCUGUGGGCGUGGGGGGGCCUCAGCCAGACGCCUCCCGGGACCUACUGCCGCGGGGACUGCCCAGCUACAUGCCCGAGGAGAUCUGGAGGAAGGCUGAGGAGGCGGUGAACGAGGUGAAGCGCCAGGCCAUGUCGGAGCUGCAGAAGGCCGUGUCGGACGCCGAGCGCAAAGCGCACGAGCUCAUCAGCGCCGAGCGCGCCAGGAUGGAACGGGCGCUGGCCGCGGCGCGCAGGCAGGCCUCGGAGGACGCGCUGGCCGCCGCCAGCCAGCAGGAGGACUCCAGCGAGAGCUGCUGGAACUGCGGCCGCCGGGCCAGCGAGACCUGCAGCGGCUGCAACGCGGCGCGGUACUGCGGCGCCUUCUGCCAGCACCGGGACUGGGAGAGGCACCACCACGUGUGCGGCCAGGGCCUUCAGGGCCCCGCGGCCUGCGCGCCCGGACCAGCGCCCGGGCCGCCCGAGGCCGCCGCCGCCUCCAGCCCGCACCAGGCCGGCUCCGUGGAGCCCUCUGGCCCCGGCUCGCCCAGCUCGCUGGACGCUGCGCCCCACUGACGGUCAGGCCGGUCUGCGCGCCCCUGCCCGCGCCCCCAGCGGGUACAGCGGCCCUGGAGCCCGAACGCCCGAGUCGCUGCUGCUGCUGCUGCUGCUGCCGUGCCUCCUAAAGAAAUCCAGAACUGGCAGGAACGCGCCCAGCUGUCCAGCCCUCUGCCCCAUCGGCCCUCCCGGCGUCCAUGCUCUCAGCCACAAUGCAGGUCCGACUGGCCCGUGGCCUAAACUUUCCAUGAAGUGGGGCCGGGGUCGGCAGACUAGCUACUCGGAAGACAAAAACUCUGGGGCAGGGGCGGAAGUGGCUCUCCUCCCUAAUUAAAACGGAAAAAAGAAAAACUUAUUUUUUAGUUGGAGUUCUGAGCCACGUGUCACCAAAGGUGCUCCAGGUGCACGAGGCUGGGAGGACCGUAAAAAAAAAAAAAAAGGCUUCAAUUUCCAAUUCAAGAAACGUUUUUUGUUUCAAGAUUUCUCCCCUUAAUUGCUGAACUCUUUGGCUUUACGUAGAAAAGUUUGUUGUUUUUUUUUAAAGCAAAGGAAGCAUACCUGUAAACUACCUUACCAGCUAGCCAGCCAAGGACACCAAACACACCUCUGCCCCCAGGGAAAUCCCAAAAGCAAACCCACUUGGAAGACCACAGCUACCUAUCCAAGACCCCCCCACCCGCACGCCCACGCCCCUGAUGAAUGCAGUCCCGAGUGUGCGUGGCAUGAGUGUCCUGUGUGCAUGUCUUAGCGUGGCACGUGUUACUGUCCUGUGUGCAUGUCCCGAGUGUGUGUGACAUGUGUGAGCAUCCUGUGAGUGUCCUGAGUGUGUGUGUUGUGUGUGUCCUGUGAGCGUGUCCUAAGCAUGCUUGGCGUGUGAGUGUCCCGAGUGCAUGUCCCGAGUGCGUGUGGCACAUGUGAGUGUCCUGAGUGUGUUGUGUGUGUUCUGUGAGCGUGUCCUAAGCAUGCUUGGCGUAUGUGUCCCGGAGUGCAUGUCUCAGGUGUGUCCUAAGCAUGCAUGGCGUAUGUGUCCCGCGUGCAUGUCCUGAGUGCACGUGGCAUGUGUGUGUCCUGUGAGAGUGUCCUGAGUGUGUUGUGUGUGUCCUGUGAGCGUGUCCUAAGCGUGCUUGACGUAUGUGUCCCGAGGGCAUGUCCUGAGUGCACGUGGCAUGUGUGAGUGUCCUGUGAGAGUUUCCUGAGUGUGUUGUGUGUGUCCUGUGACCAUGUCCUAAGCGUGCUUGGCGUGAGUGUCCUGAGUGCAUGUCCCAGGUGUGCGUGGCGUGUGCAGUCUCCCAUCUGUGUGUGUGCACGCAGCAGGCCUGCAGAGUGAUUUGACACAAAGGUUCCUUUUCCACUCAUGAAGCAAGCGCUCGUGUGUCCUUCCCAGACAGCAGCCAGUACCCUGCACACAGCCAGGGCAAGCUGGGCGAAUCCUGGACAGUUUCCCGCUGGGGCAGCCCGGGCCCUGCCCUUCCUGCCCCGCAGCUUCACCUCUACCUCCUCCACGCUCCCACCCCGCCCGCCGCAGGCCCUCGCAUUGGCAGCUCUGCUGGCCCUAUUUUGCAGAAAGAGGCAAACCACAAGGAGUUCAGUCGCCCUGCAGCCCGCCUGCCCCUCAGCGCAUUCCCAGGGAGACCCCCAUCCCACCUUGCCCUGGGUCCGCUCCACUCAAGGCCACUCCAGAAAGACGGAGAGGGACCCGGCCGCAGCCACCUGGACUCAGCGGGCCCGGGGCCCCAGCGAGUUGCUGGAGGAUCAGCUACUGGAAGUUCGGCCCACAGAGGCAGGAAGUCCCUAUGACGUUAAUGUGAAUGUAUAUAAUCCUUGCCCAGGUCCAAAUAAUGCAUUCUUGGUCACGACGAGAAAAAGCGACG